CUUGAUUGGCUACUCUCUGUUGCUAUGACAUCGCUGUGAUAGACGCUUCGAAGCGAAGCAUUAUGGGAAACAGACGGCGCUUUUUCUGGGGAUGAUGUUUUAAGAAGAUUCGUGUGAAUAUAUCUCAUCAAUAUGAAGAGUUUUUUCGUUCUUGCUGACAAAGCCUGGGCAGGUUCUUAUGUUCUGUACAAGUGGCAGAAAAGUCUUGGAAAUUACAUUGCUGUUGCUGGACAGGAUAGCACAGUGAAAAUAUUUGAUCGACAUGGACAGAAGUGGACUGAACUCAACCUUCCGGGGCGUUGUGUCGGGAUGGACUGGGACAAGGACGGAGACAUUCUGGCAGUGAUUUCUGCAAAGUCCAGCUCCAUCUUCCUCUGGGAUGCCAGUGUCAAUAAAACAUUUCAUAUAGACAGUGGCAUGAGCAAAGAUCAGAUGAGUUUCCUCCUGUGGUCAAAAACUGCCCCCCUGCUGGCUGUAGGGACGGCAAAAGGAAACCUGCUCAUCUAUAAUCAACAGACGUCACGCAAGAUACCCAUACUGGGUAAACACACCAAGAAAAUCACAUGUGGCUGCUGGAGCUCCCAGAAUCUCCUGGCUCUGGGAGGCGAAGACAACAAUCUCACUAUCAGCAAUCAUGAAGGAGACACAGUCAGACAGAUGCCGCUUCGAGGUGAGCCGGCUGAAAUAUUUUUCUCAGUGAUGAAAACUGAUGAAAGGUCCCCUCAGGGGGAAAAUACUGUGAGUAUGUGUGUGGACAAGAAGAUACUGACGCUGUUCAACAUAAAUGACCCUAACAACCCAGUCGAGUUGGCCUUCGAGCGGCAGUAUGGCAACCUGGUGUCCCAUCGCUGGUUUGGUGAUGGGUACAUACUGAUUGGCUUUUCCCAUGGAUACUUCCUGGUUAUUUCCACCCACAUCAGAGAGAUAAAGUCUGAGCUCUACCAGGCUCGCAACCAUAAGGAUAGUCUAUACAGCGUGGCCGUCUCAACUUCACUGAACAAAGCCGCUUCCUGUGGAGACAACUGCAUAAAGAUCCAUGAGCUGUCUGAUCUCAAAGACAUCAGCAGUGUCAUUCAGUUGGAAGAUGAGACCAAAGGUCUGGAUCAGCUGAACUGGACAGAUGACGGCCAGUUGCUGGCCCUGUCCACUCAGAGAGGAACGAUUCAUGUCUUUUUGACCAAGCUACCGAUGCUGGGAGACAGUUUUGGCACCCGGCUGGCCUUCCUAACCUCCCUGCUGGAGGUCACUGUCUCCAACCAGGUGGAGAGGGAGAGUCCUAUGUCCAUCCAGGUGGAGGUAGAGCCAACGUUUGUUGCCGUGGGACCGUACCAUGUGGCUGUGGGGAUGAACAACAAAGCCUGGUUCUACGGUUUGUCAAAGAUAAAGGACGUUGAGUAUUUGGGGACCAUAGUCAGCAUGUGCCUCAACGCUGACUACGCAGCAGCUCUGUUUGAAGGAAAAGUACAGCUGCACAUGAUCGAAGGCAGAGACGCAGAGGACAGGAAGCAGAUGAAACUUUUCCCAGAUGAUGACAGUAAAGGCCGGAUCCUUUGCCACGCUCUCACUGCCGAAUUUCUUUAUUAUGGCACCGACCUGGGUAAUGUGGUGUGUGUGCUGUUGGAGGACUGGGAAACCGUGAACAACUUCAGCCAUUCAGUCAGCGUGAGGAAGGUGUUCCCUGACCCAAACGGCACCUGGUUGGUGUUUAUCGAUGACAAGAAUGGAGGCUUCUUGUUCUCUCCUGCAAACGCAACAUUGUCGUGUUUCGAGCUUCCCAACUUUUCUCCCACCAUAACAGGAGUUCUGUGGGACAACUGGCACGCAGACAAAGGUGUAUUUGUGGCUUUUGACGAUGACAAGGCCUACACCUACGCUUUGCAUAAAAGGACAAUAUAUGGUCCGCAGGUGGUACUGGUGGGGAGUACUGCUCUGCUCUACUCCCAGAGGCCUCUGCUCUUCUACAACGGUGAGCUGACCUGUCAGACGACCAGCGGGAAGACAAGUGAAGUAGUUCUGCACACACACUCGUUUCUCAAAACCUCGCCUGACAAACUGAAAGACUCCCCUUCAGAGCUCAGCAAGCAGAUCAGUCAGGCGCUCCAGCUCAAAAGGUUCAAGGAGGCUUGGACUCUGUGCAAGUCUGGAGGCAGUGAAGCUGACUGGGCUGAAAUAGGCAGAGCCUGUCUGAUCCACAUGGAGGUGGAGCUGGCCAUCCAGAUCUACCGGAUGAGUGGCAACGUGGGCAUGGUCCUGUCCUUACAGAGUAUCAAGGGUAUUGAGGAUAAAAACCUACUAGCAGGACAUUUGGCCAUGUUCUUGGAUGAAUACAACCUGGCCCAGGACCUUUAUCUGUCCUCCAGCUGCCCAGCAGCUGCUCUGGAGAUGAGAAGAGACCUGCUGCACUGGGACAGCGCUCUGAUGUUGGCCAAGAGGCUCGCAGAAGAACAGAUUCCCUUCAUUUCCAAAGAGUACGCCGUCCACCUGGAGUUCAUUGGUGAUUAUGUGAACGCUUUAGCACACUAUGAGAAAGGUUUGACGCACCAGAAUAAAUUCCAGGAGCAUGACGAGGCGUGCCAGGCGGGAAUCGCCAGGAUGUCCAUCAGAAUGGGCGACAUCCGGAGAGGAGCAGCUCAGGCCAUUCAGCACCCAAGCAGAGUCCUCAAGAAGGAAUGUGGAGCCAUACUGGAGAGCAUGAAGCAAUUCUCUGAAGCUGCUCAGUUGUAUGAAAAGGGGUUAUAUUACGAUAAAGCUGCGUUGGUUUACAUUCGCUGCAAGAACUGGGCGAAGGUGGGAGAGCUGCUCCCAAAUGUUUCCUCUCUAAAGAUUCAUCUCCAGUACGCAAAGGCCAAGGAGGCGGACGGCAAAUAUAAAGAGGCAGCUCAGGCCUAUGAGAGCGCAAAAGACUGGGAUAACAUGAUCCGUGUGCUGCUGGACCACCUGAACAAUCCGGAGGCUGCAGUUCGGGUUGUCAGGGAGACUCAGAGCAUCGAUGGAGCAAAAAUGGUUGCCAGGUUCUUCCUGCGGCUGAAUGACUACGGCUCAGCCAUCCACUUCCUGGUUCUGUCUCAGUGUAACGACGAAGCUUUCCAGCUGGCUCAGCAGCACGGACAGAUGGAGGUCUACGCAGACAUCAUUGGCGCUGCAGCGACGCAGGAGGACUAUCAGAGCGUCGCUCUGUACUUUGAGGGAGAGAAGAAACACCUUCUGGCUGGCAAGUUUUUCCACAAGUGCGGGCAGUACAACAAAGCUCUAAAUCAUUUCCUUAAGUGUCCAAAAACCGAAGACAACCAGGCGAUUGAGCUGGCCAUUGAGACGGUGGGACAAGCCAAAGACAACUUUUUGACCAAUCAGCUGAUUGAAUAUCUACUGGGAGAAAGUGACGGGAUGCCCAUGGAGGCAAAGUACCUGUUUCGUCUCUACAUGGCCCUGCAGCGAUACGGCGAGGCCGCUCAUACCGCCACCAUCAUCGCCAGAGAGGAGCAGUCGGCGGGCAACUACAGAAAUGCCCAUGAUGUUCUGUUCAGCAUGUACACAGAGCUGCAGGCUCAGAAGAUCAAGAUCCCGGCAGAGAUGGCGACAAACCUGAUGAUCCUCCACUCGUAUCUACUGGUCAAGACCCACGUAAAGAAAGGAGAUCAUCUCAAAGGGGCGCGGAUGCUCAUUCGCGUCAGCAACAACAUCAGCAAGUUUCCUGCUCACGUCGUCCCCAUUCUGACGUCAGCAGUUAUUGAAUGCCAGCGUGCCGGACUGAAGAACUCGGCCUUCGGCUUCGCAGCCAUGCUGAUGAGACCGGAGUACCGAAACCAGAUCGACCUCAAGUACAGGAAGAAGAUUGAGGCUUUGGUUCGUCAUCCUGACACUUCAGAGUUAGAGGAGGAAACGACUCCCUGUCCUUUCUGUGGCUUCCAGCUGCCGCAGAACGACCUGAUGUGCAUCUCCUGCAAGAACAACAUCCCCUACUGCAUCGCCACGGGCCGUCACAUGCUGAAAGAAGACUGGUCCAUCUGUCCACAAUGCGAGUUCCCUGCACUCUACUCUCAAUUCAUUCUGCUGCUGGAGACAGAGUCUGUUUGUCCCAUGUGCUCUGGGAAUCUGAGCGCCAAACAGGUGAAGAAGAUCUCAGAUUGCUCCAAAUAUCUGCACGACGACGACCUGGACCAAUGACCGCGCAUGUAGCUGACCUCCAAACCAGAAAAGCAAUUUAAAUAUAUAUAUCUAGGUGUCUGUUUUAGCUGAAAUGACAUGAAUUAAUGUUACCUCCAAAGGGUCACGGUGAGAAUUUAUUUUAAAGAAAUUUAUCCUGUUGCUUUUUUGUUUUAUUGUUUUCUUUUUGUAGUUUUGCAGCAGGUGUGUAAAACAUGUUUCUGAGCAGAAAUAUGGAUGUUACUGAAAAGACCGAAAGGUUAAUCUAAAAAAAAUAAUAAUAAUAAUAAUAGUACCUCAGUGUGACCCAAUGGUACAUAUUUGUAAAAAAAAAACAAACUAUUUGCUUAUAAUUUAAAUAUGAAUAAAGUUGUUUCUAAUUAUUGA